AUGUCCUGCUACGACCUGUACCCCUCCUCUGCCUGCGGCGCUCUCCGGCCGCAGCCCCUGGCCGACAGCGGGAACGAGCCGUGCGUGCGGCAGUGCCCCGACUCCACCACCGUGAUCCAGCCUCCCGCCGUGGUGGUCACCUUCCCCGGGCCCAUCCUCAGCUCCUUCCCACAGGAUUCCGUGGUGGGAUCUGCUGGAGCGCCCGUCCUGGCGGCCUCGGGGGCCUCCCUGGGCUAUGGGGGCUACGGCUCCCUGGGCUAUGGGGGCUACGGCUCCCUGGGCUAUGGGGGUCUCUAUGGAUACGGGGGCUACGGCUCCCUGGGCUAUGGGGGUCUCUAUGGAUACGGGGGCUACGGCUCCCUGGGCUAUGGGGGUCUGGGGUCCUGCUGGGGGUCCCGGGGCCUGUACGGCUCUGGCAGAGGCUUUGGCUCUGGCUAUUGCAGCCCCUACUCCUCCUGGUACGGCCGCUACGGCCGCGGCUUCUGGGGCUCCUGCUAA